AUGUUUCGCUUCCGAUCCUCCGCUUCUGCCGCCUCCACCCCCUCCGCCAUUUCAUCUCCUUCUUCCCCAUCCUUCGGCCCAAAGGCUAGCGCGCCCGGUCUCACUCCAAGCAGCUCGGCAACCUCUGCGCUCUCUGCUGUAGACUCAGUCGCAUCAUCCCGCAGCAGCGCUUCAGGCAGCACAAGUAGCAUCCUCUCCCUUCUGCACGCUCACACUUCCGCCUCCACCUCAUCGCCCAACUCGGCUGCACGCUCCCCUUCCACCUCGCUCGCUUCCUCGCCCUCAGAGCCCUGCCUCACCGUGCAGCCCUUGGCCGAAUUAGCGACGCCCUUACCAGAGCCCGUCAAGCCAGCUGCCACUCCUACCACUACUGCCACCUCCACCUCCCAGCGUGUCAAGCGCCUUGAUGAAACAUCACCAUCCCGCAGGCCCUCCCAUCUAGCCUCAUCUCGCACCUCCAGGUCUUCUGUCAGCGCCAAAUCGCGCCCAUCUUCCACCACGCAACGAGCUUCGCCCACCAGCCCCACCACCAGAUCAGCCCAUAGAAGCUCCACCGUAGCUGCCAUGGCCAAGAAGGCCAAGGUGGGCUCGGCCGCCAAAUCGUCCCCCUUCACCAAGUCGGCUGCAUCCACGACCACAUCGACUGCCACCCAGAAUGCCGCUACCACUGGCGCCGCAGAGACGCUCAAGGAGCCAGACUCCACACUGGCCACGGUCACAGAGGAGGGCUCGUCGUGCCUGACACCUUCGACCUCGCCAGCCAAGCCAGUAGAGACAGCAUCGACCUCCUCCGACUCGAAACAGAAUGUAGUCGUCUGCGUGCGCAUGCGUCCCUCGCGAGCCAGCGCAUCAGUAUCAGAAGCUCCGGUGUGGAAGUGCGACCUGGACAAGAGCCAGAUCGUCCCCACCGAGCACCAUCCCGCCAUCGCCAAGAGGACCACCUCGUCUGAGCGAGCAGGCGCCGGCUCGUCCAUGGUCGCCGCACCGUCCUCGCACGACCUCGACGACGACGCCUCAUCUUCCACCUAUCACUUCCAAUUUGACAAGCUCAUCGCCGAUGGGCAAACGACCGACGACAUGUACCACUCUCACAUUGCACCCGUCGUGCGUGCAGCCAUGGACGGCUACAACGGUACUGUCUUCGCCUACGGCCAGACCGGAAGUGGUAAGACGCACACCAUGUCCGGCAGCGACACGGAGCCAGGCGUCAUCCCGCGCGCCGUGCAGCAGGUGUUUGACAUGAUCAAGCAGGAGCCUGACCGUGAAUUCUUGCUCCGCGUCAGCUACCUUGAGAUCUACAACGAGACGCUCAAGGAUCUGCUUGCUCCCCUGCCUCCGCUUUCGGGCGCUGGUGCGUCGCUGCAGACCACCGAUCGUCCGGCAUCGCCCAUCAAAGGCGGCUCCCCCCAUGCUGCGGGCGCGGCACAGUCGUCGACGCUGCGCAUCAUCGAGGACCAGAAACAGAGCCGCGUCAUCAUCACCGGCUUGCGCGAGGAGAUCGUCACGGACGCAGACACCGUGCUCGACCUGAUCCAGCGCGGACAGGAUGAGCGACACGUCGGUGCCACCGACUGGAACGAACGCAGUUCACGCUCGCACUGCGUCUUCCAGCUCACCAUCGAGUCCCGCGCACGCCAGACCGCCUCGGCGGGCAAAGAAGUGCGCAUCAGCCAGCUCAACCUCAUCGACCUUGCCGGCUCGGAGCGUGCAGCCAGCCAGGCCGAGCGCCGCAAAGAAGGCGCCUUCAUCAACAAGUCCCUCCUCACCCUCGGUACUGUGAUUGGCAAGCUCACCGAGCCUACCGACACCGCCGACGCGCACAUCCCCUACCGCGACUCGAAGCUCACGCGCAUCCUCCAGACGUCGCUCUCGGGCAACGCGCGCAUCGCCGUAAUCUGCACGCUCAGCCCCGAUACCGAGCAUGCCAACGAGACGCUCUCCACGCUCAAGUUCGGCAAGCGCUGCAAGCUCGUCGUGACCACCGCCAAGAAGGGCACCGCCAUGGAUGACAAGGCGCUGCUGCAGAAGUACCGCAAGGAGCUCGAUGCGCUGCGUGCGCGGCUCGAGGCAAACGGCGCCUCGCCCAACCCAGAGGAGCCCGCGCCCGUGGCGGCGUUGGAUCCGGCACUGUCGCUCGAAUCGCAGCAGAAGCUCGACGAGCUCAACCAGCAGAAGGCGGCGGCUCAGAAAGAGGUCGAGAGCAUGCAGAAGCAGCGAUCCGAUCUCAAGUCGCAGAUCGAGCACCUCACGCGCCUCAUCCUUACCAGCCAGACGGUGGCUGCCGACACGUCGGAUGCGGUUGCGGCUCCGAGCACGCCCGUCCGCGCCCGUCCUCACGCCUCGGCACUUGCACGUCGCGGUCCGCGCAUGAGCGACCUGCACUUUGCCAGCGGCUCUGCCUACAACAGUCCCGUCGCCGGGCCCAGCACGGCGCCCGAAACACUGAGUGGCACCAAGCCGUUUGAGCUCGAGGCGGAGCUGGCUGCGCUGCGCCGGCAACUGCGGCAGCAGAUCGAGGCACGCCAGACGCUCGAGGCCGCGCACACGGCCGAGCUCGCCGCGCGCGACGCGCGCCACGCCGAGCUGCAGGAGGCCAUCCGGCUCAACGAGGAGGAGCUCGACGAGGCCGAAGUCGCGUACGAGAAGCUCAAAGGCGAGCGCGACGAGGCACGCAAGAUCGCGCUCAAGGAGCAGGAGAAGGCGCGCGAGCACAAGAAGAAGCUGCUCGAGGAGCAGGAGGCGAAUCGGCUGCUCAAGCUCGUGGCCAAGGCGCGCGCCGACGACGGCGACAAGGCGCUCCAGUCCGAGAUCGAGGCGCUGCGUGCCCAGCUGGCCGCCAAGGAGGCCGAGGCGAAAGAAGCUAGUCGCAAGCUCCAGUCGGAGCUCGACGAGAUGAGAAAGGCGCUAGAGGCCCAGCGCAAGGCAGCGGACGAGGCCCAGCUUCAAGGUCGCCAGGCGGCCGAUUCGGAGCAGGCACUACGCUCCGAGCUGGAGGAGGCCAAGCACAGCAUUGCCGAGCUCGAAAAGCAGGCGGCGUCGGCUCCAGCGGCGAGCGAGGAGGAUGAUGUCAACGCCGAGUUCCGCGACCUGGUGCGCGGCCAGCCUGGUCUCGACCAGCGUGUGGCCGAGCUGGACGAGCGCGAACGCCGACUGAAGCGUCUGCAAUCCGAGCUCGACGAGGCGCGGCGUGCGCUCUCGGCAUCGGCGACUUCGCAGGCGGAGCGCGAGCUGGCGUCGGUGCGCGACGAGCUGUCGCAGUCCGAAGAGGAGCGCCGCACGCUGCAGGUGGAGCUGGCCAAGGCGCGCGCAGCUGCCACGGGGCGCGACCAGGAUGUGCAACGGCUCAGCGCCCUGGAAGCACAGCUGGAACGGGCCAAUGUGCGCGCAAAGCAACUCGAGACCGAGCUGGCUGCGCAGAAGCACCGUACGGCCGAAGCGCUCGCCACCGUUGCGCGGCCACUGCCUGUCCCCGACGCGAGCACCACGCGCGCCGGCGGCUCGGUGCCAUCUUCGCCGAUCAAGGCGUUCACCACUGGCGCCACACCGCCGGGGUUGGGCGUGCACCGUGCCGGCUCGGUCAAGGAGUACCGCCGCUACCGUGCAGGCGAAGAGCCUGCAUCUCCCGCGUCGCCCUCGGUAGCAGCGGGGGCUCGCAGCGUUCUGCUGGGCAGUGCGGCAACGUUUAGUGCGGGUGCAGGCGCGACUGCCCGUGCCGAGCGCGAGGAGAUCGAGCGGCUCAACGCGGUGAUCGCAUCGCAGCGAGCGAUCAUGGCGGAUCUGGAGGCUUCGGUGGCGUCGUGGAAGACGCGCAUGAAGGCGCAGGCCGAUCUGAUUGCGCAGCUCGUCCAACACUCGCCGUCGCAUCCUUCGCCACCCGCAUCCGAUGGCGAGCACGACGAGCCGGCAUCUCCGCGCAGGUAUGCUGCCGCUCUGCCGCGCACGACGCAUCUGGCGCUGUCGAACGACCAGCCGUACUACGGCGCACACACGUACAACCGACCGCCCACCAUCGGUCUGGGCAUGCUCCCCGCUUCGCCCAACAAGCUUUCCGGGGCUGCAUGGACCAAUGCCUCGCCCAACCCUCUACCCCUCCCCGCCGCCGCCGCCGGUGGUGGGAGCGAGAGGAGGAAACCGCGCAAGACGAUCGAGAUGGAUCUCAAGCUGCUCAAGUCGAGCCCGCGCGUCGAGACGAGCAAGUCGCUAUUUGCGCGCGACUCGACACCCCUGCCGGACUCGCCCACCAAGCGUAGAGGCACCAACGCCUCCGCUUACUACAUUUGA